UCGACCGAAACGAAACGCGCGGACCGAGUCAUUUUCGUUUCUUUCCACACAUCGUUGAUAUUACUUAUUUUUUCGUCCGUUGCUUUUUUAUUCAUUAAAAAAAAUGUCAAAAUUAUGCCAAACUUAGAGAAUCGGCCCCUUAGCCGAUCCUAAGAAUUACGGCAUAAUCUAAUUGUGUUCCGCUAAUUAAUUUAUAGAAAAUCCGAUAAUUUGAAAAUCUGCAAAAUGCAGCAUCAGUUUUUAAUUCAAAAACAUUUCGAAUUGGACUUUACAUUGAAGAUUCUUAAGAGUUUCGAACUGAAGCAUAGUGAACAGACGACAAACAUAAAGAUAAAUGUGAUUUUAUAAUCUUAACUGUUAACUUAAAAAAAAAAGCUACACAGCAACAGCUACUAUCUGCUUAGAUAUAACCUCUACGUAUACAUAUAUAUAUAUACAUAUUUUGGGCUAAUGUUGGCUGAGGCGGGAUUACGAGGGCGCAUGCCGCAUUUUAAUUAACUAAAUAAGCAAAAAAGCCAAAAACAAAAUAAAGCACAAAACCAACAGAAAACCGAAGAGAAAAUAAGAAGAAAAAAAAAAGAAAAGAAACAACCGAAGAGAAAACAUAAUACAAACGAUAAGUUGAUGGAACGGACCUGCAACAGUUUAGUAAAGUUUGCGUAAAUUUUUGCACGUACCUGUAACAACUAUAUAUAUAUAUAUAUAAAUGAGAUCCAGCUCAGUUAUAACGCCUAUUCAUCAGACAGUCAUGUCUGAAGAACUAUAUACUCCACAUACCGCCAAUAAUGAUAUCAAUAGCUCAUUGAUUAGGCAUAGUCAUGCCAAAACGAAUAGUUGCGGCAGUGGAACACUACGUUCGAUUGCCUCGGCCCGCAGCAAUCAUACAGCCAGCACAACAAUCUGCCACACACCCGAUCCACAAACGGACGACGACGACGACGAAGAUGACGUCCAUGAUGAUGUGGAUUUGGAUGACAGUGUUGAUCCUGGUCGAGGAGAGAGUGCGGCGGAGUCAGUGCAUGCAAGUUUCCUGCCAUCGAAAUUAUUGCCAAAGGACAAGGUCAUACAUCCGGAUGAUGUGGAUGGUGAGACCAUGCUGAGGCACUACUACAAAGGACCGCCGCCAGAGCCAUAUCCGUGUAAAAAAAUUGAUAAACAGUUAGUGCUGCAGAAUAGCAAAGGCGGCCUAAAGAUGUCCACUCACUGGCAUCAGAACAAAUGCCUUUGGGGCCUUGGGAGCCUAUUGAUGUCCGCUGUGAUUAUAUUCUUUAUCUAUAGCCACAAACAAGAACACAGCCUGCCCCUGCACUCAAAUACAACAGUAUACAGAGCGCCGCCGCCCAGGCAGUACAUGAUACACAAUGAUACACCGAUGGUGGACUGGAGAAACGAGAACGAUGACUUUGAUCAUAUCCAGGAUAUUGGUGAUGAUAAUCUAAGUGAUUUUGUAACGCCCAUAAAGGUGCAAUAUUAUAGUCUUAACGAUGUCGAUCUAUUGUACGAAUCAAAUCGGGAUACUGGCAGCAAUAUAAGCCAGACAGACUCCUCGUCGGCAUUUAGUAUGACGGGGACAUUUCGGAACAAGUCGAGUCCAAUUUGGGAUCCCCAUCCGCAGUAUAUUUUGAAAAUGUUUGGACGUGUAUUUAACUUGAUACUUUAUCAGGAUACUUCAUUUAUACCAAUGAGCACAUUUCGAAUUCUACGCAUACUCAACAAUCAAACCGAAAAGGCCGAUGAUGGCGAAAUGGAGGAGUCGGGCCACUAUUUGGGCUGCUAUUACAAGGGCAAUGUGAAGGGCGAUCAACUCUCGGCGGUAGCUGUCUCCCUGUGCAAUGGCAUGACUGGUUAUAUUAAAACUGGUUUCGGCACUCUGCUAAUUCAGCCGGUCAAUCAAACCAGCAGCGACGAGGUCUUGCAUCGCGUUUGGCGACACUCUCAGCGCAAUGCCAGACAUGCCGUCUCCGAAUUCGAUAUACAUCUGGAGGCCCUGGAGCUGAGCCAGUGGGGGCGUGAACCGCAUCCGUUGCCCGAACUAAUACCAGUGCCACAGGAACUGCAAGAUUUACCAAAAACAACAAAACUAACGCGACAUAAGCGACAUUAUAACGAGGAUAUCGACAAUCAGGUCUACACCCUGGAGGUGCUGGUGGCCGUUGAUAAUAGCAUGCAGCAGUUUCAUAAUGAUAAGUUGACGGAAUACAUUUUGACAUUGUUUUCAAUAGUUUCAAAUAUAUUUUCGGAUGCCAGUAUUGGCAAUGCCAUACGCAUUGCUCUAGUCAGAAUAAUACUUUUACCCUAUGAUAAUACCAACUUUAAUUCAAGCAACGCCAUGCUUAAUUAUUUUUGUGCGUUUAUUUUGGAAAAUAAAUUUCAUUACGAUGCUGCCAUAUUAAUUACUCGCGAACGCAUCUGCGGAGGAGUGUCUGAUGCACACUGCCAUAUGCUGGGUUUAGCUGAAUUCGGUACUGUCUGCAAUCCAGCUAGAUCCUGCUCAAUUGUACAGGAUACUGGCCUGCCGACAGCGUUUACCAUGUCACACGAACUGGGUCACAUUCUUAAUAUGCCACACGAUGAUGAGGAUCAUUGCAAGCCGUAUAACACCCGUCCGGGUCUGAAUAGUAGUGCCCUACAUGUUAUGGCUAGCGUUAUGGGUGAUCGUAUGCAUCCGUGGUCAUGGUCAAAGUGUUCCCAGCACUAUGUUUCCGAACUGCUCGAAAAAUCGGAUAAGUCGUGCCUGCUUAGCACAGAGCCGCAAAAGGCCUUUAUGGAUAUUAGGAACUCAAAGCUACCGGGUGAAAUCUACUCCCUUGAUAGCCAAUGUCAAUUGAUAUACAGUAAUAGCAGUUACUGUCAAAUGGAUGAGGAAUGCCGAAGAUUGUGGUGUAAUGAUCCCAGUGGUCAGUGCCGUUCGACCAGCCUGCCCUGGGCGGAUGGUUCGCCAUGUAACAAUAAUCGGAACUGGUGUCAAAAGGGAAAAUGUGUACCCAAGCACGGGGGUUCCCUGCAGAUAAUAAACGGUGGCUGGGGUCCAUGGACGCCAUUCACAUACUGUAGUCUUAGUUGUGGUGGCGGUGUCCAGGAAUCCCAUCGCGAAUGCAACAAUCCUAUGCCUGAGAAUGGUGGCAAGUAUUGUUCUGGCAGUCGAAAGAAAUACCGUUCAUGUAAUACACACACAUGUCCGCCGGGUUCGAUCGAUCCACGGGAACAACAAUGCUCCGAUAUGAAUGGCCAACACUUGCAUAUACAGGGUAUUACCCGAUUCUAUAGCCGCAAUUCCAAAUGGGUACCAAAAUAUGGACUGGGACCAUCGGACAAGUGUAAGCUAUAUUGUCGACUCUCUGACGAUCUUGCCUAUUUCAUGUUAGAGCCUUCGGUCAAGGAUGGCACCACCUGCAGUUUUGACAGUUUUGAUAAGUGUGUGAAUGGCAUUUGCCGGCCAGCGGGAUGUGACAAUGAACUUAAUUCGAUUGCCAAAAUGGACAAAUGUGGCGUCUGCGAGGGGCGCAAUGAUACGUGCGAGGAAUUAAGCGGAAAUGUCUAUGUCUCCGAUUUGCUAAAGAAAAAGAAAGACGGGCAAACCCUCUUCUAUGCCACAACAAUACCAAAAGGCGCCUCCAAUAUUGUUAUUACACAGCCUGGCUAUCCCGAACAAAAUUACAUUGUGGUUAGAGAUGAUAAACGAGGUGUUGUACUGAAUAGCGAAGAACUGGUUGUACCUUUUCCAAAAAAUAUAUCUUAUAGUGGUGUCACGAUCCAUUAUAGUGGCUCGAAUAGCACCAUUGAGAGGGUCUACACAACAAUUUCUUGGAAAUUGAAGCGUGAUCUGAUAAUUGAGAUCAUCUCUGUGGACCUGAGUCCGGCUAAAAGGCAAGACACUGCAUUGCUAACGUACACCUAUAUAAUGGACAAGCCAAAGUCAGCGGAAACCGAAGUGGAAAUCUACCGUUGGGAAAUGCAAACGUGGAGUAUCUGCGAUUCCCUCUGCCAGGGCAGAAGUUAUCGUCAGCCGGCCUGCGUAAGCACCAUCAAAGGACUAAAAGUGGCACCGCAAUUUUGUGAUGCAACGGCUAAGCCCAAAAUGGAGGAUCGCCUUUGUAAUAUGGAUUGCCGUCUAACAUUAAACGUAUCGGCCAUAUCAGAGUGCUCGGCGGCCUGUGGAGAGCUGGGUACACGGGAAAAGACUUAUAACUGCAUUCAGACAUUCCCUGAUAUUCAUCGAUCGAAUAUUGUAGACUUGUCCUAUUGUCAGGUCAAGUUUGAGGUUACACGCCACGAAGAAUGCCGCGAAGGUUGUUGGAAACUCUCCGAGUGGUCACCGUGCAGUCAAUCGUGUGGUACAGGAUACCAAUUUCGGGAGCUUAAGUGCUAUCUGAAUGGUUCACCGGUUAGUGAGGAAUUGUGCAAUCUGCGAACGAAACCGCAAGUCCAAACGCGAGACUUAAGACGUAAUUGCCACAUGGAUGAGUGUCGCUGGCUGGCCGGAGAAUGGGGCCAGUGUGAUGAUUGGUGCAAGAAGAGUCGCACAGUCACGUGCUCAGCACCGUAUGGUCGAGGCUGUGAGUUGGACAAAAAACCGAUCGAAGUGCGCAAUUGUUGUCAAAUCAAGUACACCAGCAAAUGGGAGGAGUGCUCCGUGAAGUGUGGCAUGGGCUAUAGACGUAGAAUUCAAAAUUGUUCCCGUGUCUAUAAGCCGGAGGUGCAGGGCACUCCGAAACGACAAGUCCAUAUCAGCGACUCCUACUGUGUGAGUAGAAAUGUGCGUAAGCCGAAAUUGCGCAAGACCAUCAAGACGUGCAAGAUCAACUGCGGUUGGAUCGAGUCCAGUUGGUCCCAAUGCCCGGCUGAUUGCUCUUCGCACUACAUGACACGAUUCGUAAAUUGCGUGGUCAAGGGAGGCAAAAAUAAUGGUGACCCUGUUGAUAAACAUCUUUGCGAUGCCAAGAAUAGACCAAUUGAAAAAAAGAAAUGCUCACACUGUGUGUCCCGUGAUUACAAAGUGGAAUACAAAGUGACAGUGCCGUGCAAUUGCGAAGGCUAUGAGCGACGGCGAAGUGUUUGCUACAAUUCACAAAGGAAGCGAGUUUCUUGCCCCUUCCGUACGAAAUUCGAUAAGCAGAAAUGUACUCCUCCGCUGAUCAGCUGUCGUAAUGCCAUUUUAAGGCGCAGCAGUAGCAGCAGCAGCAGCAGUAGCAGCAGUAGGACAAUUGUUAGCCGAGCCAGCGAUAGUCAAUCACCACAGAGUUGUUCCGACUUGCAGCGCAUUAAUAGAGUCUAUGAGGAUGGCGAAUAUUGGUUAGUUAUUCGUUCACGACAAAUACGAGUCUAUUGCUAUCGUAUGAAUAGUCGAACGCCAAGUGAAUAUAUUACGGUGCAACCGCAAGAGAACUAUUCGAUCUACUAUGAGAAUAAAACCCAUCGCAUGGAUAGCUGUCCGACGGAAUCAAGGGAGCAUGAGUACUACAAUCCAGAGAACUCGGGACGAACUUAUUUCAGCAAAUUGCGCCUGAAUGUUACAAAUUUGCGAAUUAUUGAAAACGAUUUCGAAUUUGCCGAGACACGAGGACAACGACAGAAACUUGGCUCAUCGGGUGAUUGCUAUAAUCGAAAUAUGCGAUGCCCGCAAGGCGAUUUCUCCAUUAAUAUAGAGCGUACUGGUUUCAUCAUACGUCCGGGUACUGUGUGGAAUAAAUUGGGAAACAGAGUGGUUAUGCAUCGAACGGCUGGAUUUGAUACGGCGAAAUUCUCACGGAGAGCUUUCUGCGGUGGCUAUUGUGGUAGCUGUUCUAUAUCAUCCACGGCAGGACUAUAUCUGGACGUGGCGUGAUCCCAAACGGAUUUGGGGCCCUAGGGUCCGAUAUGUGGUGCUAGACUUUUUUUUCGGGAGCAUUUACUGUGUGACUUUCCUUCACUGCCAAAACAAACUUCAAAUGAACCGAAUUUAACACAAAAAGCAUACAAAUUUUGCAUAGUAUUACGCGAAUGAAAUCCAAACCAAUCAAGAUCCACGAUUCCGUUGUUGUGUAGGCCGUGUGGGGCAAAGGUUUUGGAACGACACCCACUUUCACCUGAAUACAUUUCAAUUGCAGGUGUUCGAGCGAAGUAAAUUAAUAACGACCUCAUCAUGGACAUGACUGAUGAUCGUUAGACUAACAAAAAUGAAAAGUAUUUUCGAUUAUCGGACAGCUAUAAAUUAGAACAGAAUAUAUCUCGAUCAAAGUCAAAACGGAAAACGCGAAUGCAUCUGGAAUAGAAAUGAAAUCAUGGCCAUUUUUUAGAAAUUUAGUCAUUGUAAAUAGUUUAUCUUAAUUCUUAAAUAUCAAAGAAGCUAACUUCGGCUAUGCCGAAGUUUAUA